UCGAAGCCAAUUUUCUAGAUUUUUGAGAUAAGAUACCUAAAAUAGCUUAUUUUAAGAGCUAAAACUGUGUUAAAACACAAAUGCACUGAUGGAUGAGAGUGAUAGUUCAUUAUGUGUAAAGUCUGCCAAGUCGGCGUUCCUUGAUCUGGUUGCAAGAGUUGAUCCAGCCCAAGCCAUGGAUUUUGUUGAAUGGGUGUCGGAACAGUGCAACUGCAUGCUUUCAGAAACUACAAUGAAUUCUGACGAGGAUGAAGAAGAACAAGAAUAUAAAGAUGGCAUUAUGGACAGAAUAGUUGAGGAUUUGAGAAAGAGAGUACCUUUUGAAGGAGUUUUAUCUUCGGAGAAAAUCAUGUUUCCUGAAUCAGAACAAGUAAAGGCAUGUCUGAAACCUUCCACAACUAUACACAUUGAUGCCUUUCUUUACAAUGAUGAAGAAAUAGAAAAGCUUUGUGAUGAAGGGAAAAUCAAUCGUCAUCACUGCAAUAGCUGUGGGUCACACGAUAUUAAACCACUAGAUUUUAUCUCCCAUUCCAUGUCACAAGAUCAACUGACUUAUAUUUUUAAAGACAUUCUACCAAAUUUGCUGCCUAGUAUUGAAGGUGCACAAUUAGUUGAUGUUGGAUCGCGGCUAGGAGCUGUUCUCUAUGGUGCUGCAUUAUAUAGUCCAAUGAAAAAUAUCUUUGGUGUUGAAAUGAAUAAAGAGUUUUGUCAAAUACAACAAGAAAUUCUACAAAAAUACAAACUGGAUAAAAGAGUUAAGAUUAUAUGUUCUGAUAUAUGCCAACAAGAAUUAUUACUUAGAAAUGCCAAUGUUGUUAUUCUGAAUAAUGUAUUUGAGUUCUUUCAACCUCAAGUUGUGCAAGCGAGAACAUGGCAGUUUCUUCGCUCGUCUAUAACCAAGAAAGGAUGUAUCAUAGUGUCUGUACCAAGCCUUGAAGAGGCAACGAAGCUCAGCUCUUUCAAUAAUCAGUACAUCAUAGAUCUAGAUAACUGGGUUGAUCGACUUCUCUUGGAUGGUGUUUCUUUAAAGCAAACAACAAACAUACAACAUAAUGAAGUGGAAACCAAAGAAAUAUAUUUUUACCAAGUCAAGUGACAAUUUCAUUGCCUGCUAGCAUGACAGCUCUGCG